AUGGGAGACCAUUGUAUGGUAAUCAGUGGUGAAUGGAAGUUUUCACCGGAUGGGAAGUGGGAUUUCGUUAUCGACAAGCAACGCAUGUCGCGUGUUGUUUCAUUCCAGGACGGUAUGAGUAUUGGAGACUUGCGGAAGAACGUCCUUCAAGAAUUCUUCGCUGACGGCGGCUCUGCCAUGAAUGUCGAAUUAAGCUACUGGCCACCUAACACUACAGAGCUCGCGACUGGUAUUACAACUCCUCCUGUAAUGGUUACAAAUGGGCCAUCGAUUUCAUACUUCUGCAAGCAUUUCAGUGUCAAGAACGAGCUCAAUUUGUUCGACACUUUCGCCAAACGCGUCAACUCUGCCCCACCUAUCGAAAUCAGCGGUGCUUUGGAUGGAUAUACAACUCCCAAGCCGCCGAUCAAAAGACCCCGCUUCCGUGAUGAUAUAACCGGCGAGGGCAUGUUUGGUCUUGGUAUCGACAAUGCUGGCGAUUACGGGUCAUCUGUUGCCUCAAGGAAACCCCCGUUGGAUAUAGACGACGAUAUACUUCUCAGGCACAUGGAGACGGUGGAGAACGCUAUCAAUAGCGGAACCCACACGGCAGAAGAUUUGUAUGACUUGAACACCACAUCAGAGAAGAGUGUAAAGGACAUCAUGGACGAGUUGAGAAGCGAAGCCAAUCGCAGGGGUUACACCUCCGAAGACCUGAACACAGACGACGAGGAUACUGGUCAGGAAACAUGGGAUGACUUCGACGUCCGACCACUUGGCAUAGACGAGGAGUUCUGGGAACCGCAUGUAGACGAUGUUUAUGGCGGCUCGGACACCGCUGAUUUUAUGUGCUCAACCGACGAAGACCCAAACCAAGAUGGCCCCCGUGUGUAUCGUUCUUCAACUAAUGAUGCUUUCGAUCACACGGUAAUCCAAGGAGGAGACGGCGGCGUCUGGAAGACGGAGGGCCGCGGGGUAGCGGCGACGUCGCCUGCGAGCAGCGGGCUAGGUCAAGCCGGUGUACAGAGCGAUAAUCCUUAUACAUAUGGACAGCAUUCUAUGGACAGCAAUCAAAACCGAGGUCAACCACAACAACAUACAGCGGGCGCCAGCUAUGGCAGACGUGCUGCUGACGCUGAUACUCCGUCCCGCCGUCCAACAAACACGUCCAACAAUGGCAACGAUCCACAGCCAACUGCAUGGACAGAUGAUAAUGGUCAGACGAAGAAUACGAGUUACUGUCCACGGUCUCUUGGAAGCAUUGACGACGAGGAGUUUGAUAUCCCUCCCUUGUUCGAUGACACACUAUACGAGAGCACCGACAUACAUAACCUGGACAUCGACAAAAUGGGGGGUGAUGUCGCUGUAGGGAAAGUAUACUCCAGCAAGAAAGAUUGCCAAGUUGCUCUCGCCAUCCAUGCAAUAAAGAACAUGUUUAACUUCCGUCAAUCCACAACCAAGCAUAACUACUUUGUGGUGAUUUGCACCGACGAACGUUGUGAUUGGAGAGUUCUAGCUGUGCAGGUAAAGUACUGUGGCUAUUAUGGGAUCAAAAAGGCGAACUUAGAGCACACGUGUUGCAUAGAAACUAGAAGCAUGUUUAAGAAGAGAGCUUCAUCUCGUGUUAUAGCAGCGGUUUUCAAGGCCAAAUAUGGGGAUCCUGUUAAGGGGCCGUGGGCAGCUGAUUUGCAGCAACUAGUACUCGAGGAGCUUAGAGUGGCUGCCUCAUACAUGAAGUGUUACAUGGCACCUGAGAAGGCAAUAACUUACGUAAGGGGUACUGAUGAUGAUUCAUAUAUAGGACUGCCGGAGUAUCUGUAUAUCCUAAAGCUCGCUAACCCCGGGACCGUCGCUGAUUUGGAAACGGAGAAAGAUGAUGAAGGUGUUGAUCGUUUCUUGUAUCUGUUUCUAUCGUUUGGCGCAUCAAUAAAGGGUUUUAGGCGCCUCAGACACGUCAUUGUCCUCGACGGAACUCACCUCACCGGUAAAUUUAUGGGAACUCUACUAACUGCCAGCGGUCAGGACGCUAACUUUCAGGUUUUCCCGCUUGCCUUCGCCAUGGUAGACAGCGAAAACAAUGAAUCGUGGAUGUGGUUCUUACAGAAAUUGGACAGAAUUUUGGCGGACAGCACAUACUUGACCAUCAUAUCUGACAGGCACCCGUCCAUCAAAGUCCCGAUCACGAUGAUCUAUCCAAAGGCAAAUCAUGCUGCGUGUAUAGUUCACCUAGCAAGAAAUGUAACAAGCCGGUACAAGAGCAAAGGGUUGGCGAAGAUGGUUGUCAAAGCUGCAUUUGCAUUUCGUGUUGGAGCCUUCAGAAAAAUCUAUGCUGACAUUACGAAAGCUAGCCCGGAAUGCGCUCGCUAUUUGCAUAAAAUUGGAAUUGCUCAUUGGGCCAGAGCACACUUCCCCGGGGAGCGAUACAACUUAAUGACUAGUAACGCAGCCGAGCAGCUGAACAAGGCUCUGCGGGGUGGUCGGAAUUCGCCGAUCAUGGAACUUUUAAAAUUCAUCCAAGACAUGAUGACCAGGUCUUUUGGAGCAUUCUGGAGCAUAUGGGACGUGAGGAGCAUGGAGGACUUGGCACAUGGACGCAGCUCAACUGGAUACGCAAAGGAAGAAGGAGGAAGCCAUCUUGAAGACCAGCUCGACCACCUACUCGACCAACCGGUCGAGUUCCUCAACUCGACCGGCCAAGCUUCAACUCGAUCGAGCUGA